GAUAAAAAUGAGAAUGUUGGAAAAUGAUGUUGAAACAGAUGACUGAGAGUUUUCCAGGAUUGAGAGUCAAAAAUCUUUAUAAUCUUUAUUCCGGUUGAAGAUGCACCCAAAUAUGAAACAAGAAAAAUAAAAAUAAAUCUGUACCAAGUCAUGUCCCAGUGAAACUUCAGAACAUCAAGAGUAAAAGGGAAAAUAGUACAAACUUACAGAGAGAAAAGAGAUUGCCUGCAAUAGACUGACAGUGGGUCCAACAGCAUGCUUUCCUCCAGCAACAAUACAUGCUGAAGGCGGGUGACCGAUAUCUUCAAAGUGCUAUGAGAAGUACCACCUACUCCUCACGCCAUCUGUAUGUGGAACUGAUGCACAGAGCUCUGACAAUUCUUUCUGAAGAAUUCCGUAUGCUGGUCUCUCUAGAAUCUUUCAGGAAAAGAGACUUUAUGGUUUCUUGCAGACUUUCCAGCAAGGCUUAAUUCCACUGAAAUCAGUGCCUUGGGGCAAUAUCCGUUUUGCCAGCCACCUGUUACCUGGUUCCCUCCGGGGCACACGAUGUCUUUGCCAUUUUAUCAGAAGCUCCACCAGCACUAUGACAGCAGCUACCGCAACAAGGACCUUCGCACCACCAUGAGCCACUACCAGCAAGAGAAGAAAAGUUCUGCCAUCUACACCCAUGGCUCCACGGCCUACAGCAGCCGGUCCUCUGCCGCACACCGCCAGGAAUCUGAGGCCUUCAGCCAGGCGUCUGCUGCCUCGUACCAGCAGCAGGCCUCUCGGGCCACUGCGUCCACCCAUGCAUCUGCAGCCAGUCGGAAGACAGCCUCAGCCUAUGAUUAUGGCUACUCCCACGGACUUACAGAUUCCAGUCUGAUGUUAGAAGAUUAUUCAUCCAAGUUGAGCCCCCAACCAAAGAGAGCCAAGAAAAGCCUUCUGUCUGGGGAGGAGAAGGAAAAUCUGCCAAGUGACUAUAUGGUGCCUAUUUUCUCUGGACGUCAAGUACAUGUCAGUGGAAUUACAGAUACAGAAGAAGAAAGAAUUAAAGAAGCUGCUGCCUAUAUAGCCCAAAGGAAUCUUCUUGCUAGUGAAGAAGGAAUCACAGCAUCCAAACAGUCCACAGCAUCCAGACAGUCCACAGCAUCCAAACAGUCGGCAGUAUCCAAACAGUCCGCAGUAUCCAAACAUUCUACAGCAUCCAAAGAGUCCGCGGUAUCCAAACAUUCUGCAGUAUCCAAACGGUCCACAGCAUCCCAAGAGUCUACGUCCAGUCUUCACCAGGAGGAAGCUUUUGAGAAGAAGUCAAGGAAAGUUGCAAUUCGAGAGAAGGCAGAACGCCUGUCGCUGACAAAAACAUUAGAAGAAACUGAAGCAUUUCAUAGAAAGUUGAAUGAAGAUCAUCUUCUCCAUGCUCCUGAAUUUGUCAUUAAACCUCGUUCCCACACUGUUUGGGAAAAAGAAAAUGUAAAAUUACAUUGCUCUGUAUCCGGCUGGCCAGAACCCCGUGUUACAUGGUAUAAAAACCAGGUGCCAAUAAAUGUCCACGCAAACCCUGGAAAGUACAUUAUUGAGAGUCGAUAUGGAAUGCAUACUCUGGAGAUCAAUGCAUGUAAUUUUGAAGACACUGCCCAGUACCGGGCUUCAGCGAUGAAUGUUAAAGGAGAGCUUUCAGCGUAUGCUUCGGUUGUCGUAAAGAGAUAUAAGGGAGAGUUUGAUGAGACUCGCUUCCAUGCUGGGGUUUCCACCCUGCCCCUCAGCUUUGCUGUGACCCCUUAUGGUUAUGCGUCCAAGUUUGAGAUCCACUUUGAUGACAAGUUUGAUGUGUCUUUUGGGAGAGAGGGCGAGACGAUGAGUCUAGGCUGCCGUGUAGUUAUCACUCCUGAAAUUAAGCAUUUCCAGCCAGAGAUCCAGUGGUACAGAAAUGGAGCACCUGUUUCUCCAUCAAAAUGGGUACAAACACACUGGAGUGGAGAUAGAGCAACGCUGACGUUUUCUCAUCUCAACAAAGAAGAUGAAGGCCUCUACACGAUCCGUGUGCGAAUGGGAGAAUAUUAUGAACAAUAUAGCGCUUAUGUCUUUGUUCGCGAUGCUGAUGCAGAGAUUGAAGGAGCCCCAGCUGCUCCCUUAGACGUGAUGUGCUUGGAUGCCAACAAAGAUUAUAUCAUCAUCUCAUGGAAACAGCCAGCUGUGGAUGGAGGGAGUCCUAUUCUGGGAUAUUUUAUUGAUAAGUGUGAGGUGGGCACAGAUAGCUGGUCUCAAUGCAAUGACACACCUGUGAAGUUUGCUCGUUUUCCAGUCACUGGGUUGAUAGAAGGUCGUUCUUACAUAUUCCGAGUUCGAGCUGUGAAUAAAACUGGAAUAGGUCUACCAUCUAGAGUUUCUGAGCCCGUGGCUGCUCUGGAUCCAGCUGAGAAAGCUAGACUGAAAAGUCGCCCUUCAGCACCCUGGACUGGACAGAUCAUUGUCACUGAAGAAGAACCUUCAGAGGGUAUUGUUCCUGGACCCCCCACAGACCUCUCUGUCACAGAGGCCACCCGGAGCUAUGUGGUGCUAAGUUGGAAGCCCCCUGGCCAGCGUGGCCACGAGGGCAUUCUGUACUUUGUGGAAAAGUGUGACGCAGAGACAGAAAACUGGCAGCGGGUGAACACAGAGCUCCCUGUGAAGUCUCCCCGCUUUGCUCUCUUCGACCUGGCUGAAGGGAAAUCCUACCGCUUCCGCGUCCGCUGUUCUAACUCGGCAGGAGUGGGUGAGCCCUCAGAGGCAACGGAAGUGACCGUGGUAGGGGAUAAACUUGAUAUCCCAAAGGCCCCAGGCAAAAUCAUCCCAAGCAGAAAUACAGACACAUCAGUGGUAGUUUCAUGGGAGGAAUCCAAAGACGCCAAAGAACUGGUCGGGUACUACAUAGAGUCAAGCGUGGUUGGCUCUGGCAAGUGGGAGCCCUGCAACAACAACCCUGUGAAGGGCCCACGAUUUACUUGCCAUGGACUGGCAACUGGCCAGAGUUAUAUCUUCCGGGUCAGAGCAGUUAAUGCAGCUGGACUUAGUGAAUAUUCACAGGAUUCAGAAGCGAUUGAAGUAAAAGCUGCUAUAGCGGCACCAUCGCCACCCUAUGAUAUCACUUGUCUUGAAAGUUGUCGUGACUCGAUGGUACUUGGAUGGAAGCAACCAGAUAAGAGUGGAGGGGCUGAAAUUACUGGCUAUUAUGUGAACUAUCGUGAGGUAAUUGACGGGGUACCGGGAAGAUGGAGAGAAGCCAACAUCAAAGCUGUCAGUGAUGAGGCAUAUAAGAUUAGCAACUUGAAAGAAAACAUGGUGUAUCAGUUCCAAGUGGCAGCCAUGAACAUUGCUGGGUUGGGAGUGCCCUCAGCAGUAAGUGCAUGCUUCAAAUGUGAAGAGUGGACCAUUGCUGUUCCAGGACCCCCACACAGUGUCAAGUGUAGUGAAGUCAGGAAAACCUCCCUAGUUCUGCAGUGGAGGCCUCCGAUCCACUCUGGAAGGACUCCAGUCACUGGUUACUUUGUGGACUUGAAGGAGGCCAGUGCCAAAGAUGACCAAUGGCGAGGACUCAAUGAGGCAGCUAUUAAAAACACAUACCUGAGGGUGCAAGGCCUCAAGGAGGGUGCCAGCUACGUGUUCCGUGUCCGAGCCAUAAAUCAGGCGGGUGUCGGCAAGCCGUCUGACCUUGCUGGGCCUGUUGUGGCAGAAACCCGUCCAGGAACCAAAGAGGUUGUUGUAAAUGUGGAUGAUGAUGGCGUAAUUUCAUUGAAUUUUGAAUGUGAUCAGAUGACUCCAAAUUCUCAGUUCAACUGGUCCAAAGAUUAUGUAUCCACUGAGGGCUCUCCACGAUUAGACGUUGAGAGCAAAGGCAACAAGACGAAAAUGACCUUCAAGGACCUUGGGACGGAAGACAUAGGUAUUUACUCCUGCGAUGUAACAGAUACGGAUGGGAUAGCGUCAAGCUACCUGAUAGACGAGGACGAGUUGAAACGUUUACUAGCUCUCAGCCAAGAACACAAGUUCCCAAUUGUUCCAGUUAAGUCAGAGUUGGCAGUUGAAAUUUUGGAGAAAGGCCAGGUUCGGUUCUGGAUGCAGGCUGAGAAGCUAUCUGCCAACACCAAGGUCACCUACAUAUUUAACGACAAGGAGAUUUUUGAAGGGCCGAAAUAUAAGAUGCAUGUUGACCGAAACACUGGCAUAAUUGAAAUGUUCAUGGAAAAGCUACAGGAUGAGGAUGAGGGCACAUACACUUUCCAGCUUCAAGACGGAAAAGCAGUUGGCCAUUCUACUCUUGUUCUCAUUGGAGAUGUUUAUAAAAAGCUCCAGAAAGAAGCUGAAUUCCAGCGGCAAGAAUGGAUCAGGAAACAAGGUCCUCAUUUUGCUGAGUAUUUGAGCUGGGAAGUGACUGGUGAAUGUAAUGUACUAUUGAAAUGCAAGGUGGCAAAUAUUAAGAAGGAGACUCAUAUUGUGUGGUACAAAGAUGAAAGAGAGAUAUCAGUGGAUGAAAAGCAUGACUUUAAGGAUGGCAUAUGUACACUGCUUAUAACAGAGUUUUCCAAGAAAGAUGCUGGGAUUUAUGAAGUUAUCCUGAAAGACGACAGAGGAAAAGAUAAGAGCAGACUGAAGCUUGUGGAUGAAGCCUUUAAAGAACUAAUGACUGAAGUAUGUAAGGCAAUAGCUUUGUCUGCUACAGACCUGAAAAUCCAGAGCACAGCCGAGGGCAUACGGCUGUACUCUUUUGUUACUUACUAUCUGGAUGAUCUGAAAGUUAACUGGUCCCACAACGGGACUGCUAUUAAGUACACAGACAGAGUUAAGAGUGGGGUCACCGGGGAGCAGAUCUGGCUGCAAAUCAAUGAGCCCACUCCGAAUGACAAAGGGAAGUAUGUGAUGGAGCUCUUUGAUGGCAAAACUGGACACCAAAAGACAGUGGAUCUUUCUGGACAAGCAUAUGAUGAAGCCUUUGCUGAAUUCCAGAGAUUAAAACAAGCUGCCAUUGCAGAGAAAAAUCGUGCCCGAGUGCUGGGUGGUCUCCCCGAUGUGGUCACCAUCCAGGAAGGCAAGGCGCUUAAUCUCACCUGCAUCGUGUGGGGUGACCCGACUCCAGAGGUGUCCUGGCUGAAGAACGAGAAGCCUCUGGUCACAGACGACCACUGCAGCGUCAAGUUUGAGGCUGGCAAGACAGCCUACUUCACCAUCAGUGGGGUGAGCACCGCCGACUCCGGCAAAUACGGGCUGGUUGUGAAGAACAAGUAUGGCUCGGAGAUAAGCGACUUCACUAUCAGUGUGUUCAUCCCAGAGGAGGAGGCAAGGAAGGCCACUGAGCAGCCCCAGAAAGGCAACAAGAAGUCCAAGUGACGGGAGACCGCUGAGAGUUUGCGCAGGGGCAGCUGCACUGAGCUGCCUCGAGUUACUUGUGUGCAAAUGGCUUGAGUUAAGCAUAAAGAAGUCUUCAUGCUUUCUACUCCCUAUUUUUGUGCUGCUUGGGGGAAAAUUGUGAAAUCUUUUACUCCUGUAAAAAAGCAUCAACUAACAACAUUUUAAUAGUUUUUCUUUAUCUGCAAAUUCUGUGUUAAGAAAAUAUCAUUGGUAGCACAAACAUUAGGAAAUGGUUUUAAGGAAAAGGCCAGAAUAAAAGUCAGAGGGACGUUGAACUAUGGUCAGAGAGCAGACGAAUGUGUUGUGGAGCAGAGUUUGGACUUGGCUAGACUUUCCCCGGUGAAUUCUCAUGGGUUGCAAUCAUACUUCAGCAUUUUUGUCAAGACAGGGAUGAAUUGUUAAGCCAACCAGUAUGUUUUGUGUGUUGUUACGAUAGUGACGUGCAUUUCUAUUGGCGGUCUUGUGAUUUGGAGCCUCCUUGGUAUUAAUAAACAGUCCUCACACCUCU